AUGGAGGUGGACGAUGCCAUAGUUAUGGCCGAAAAGCCAACGGCAGCAACAAAUGUUACGGCCACAGCAGUUAACGAAGACCAGACUGUACUUGGUGCGGCUGACGAAAGUGGCGGCGAACGGGAACAAAAUACACCAACAAGUUCGCUAAUCAAGCAAAAACGUGCCAAACUAAAAAAUGACAAAGAAGAACCACCAGGAGGAACAACCGAUGCGGUUACACACAAUGAAUCGGCUACACCAUUUAAAUUAGAAGUUUCUGGUUCGGAAGGCGAGGAAGAAGAAGAAGCAGAUGAUGGUGCAACCAGAGCUGCCAUAAGGCGUAAAUUAUUGUCUACACCCUUGGAAGAAGACGGCACGGCAAAUGAUGGUUUGGAUGAGUAUGAAACAGUGGCCUUGAAACGUAAACGUUAUGAGGUGAGGAGAUCGGGAUCAGAGGAUUGUCUUUUGGGUUUCGAUGAGCUGAGUGGAGAGGCGGAAUUGGUAAAGCCAGAGGAGGUGGGAAAAGAGGAACAGGAGGAGGAGGAGGUGGGAACUCAGGUUAAAGCUGAAGCUGUGGAAUCACCUAAAUCGGUUAAGAAGACACCACCACAAAAAUCUGCUCAGUCACCGGUGCAAACUGCCUCACGCUCAUCUUCAAAAUCCCCUCACAGUCAAAAAGCAAAAUCUCCAAAAUCUCCGGCCUUGCAGUCGUCACCCACAACCAAGCCUGCUGCUGCCCAGAAAACACCACCCAAACCCCAUAUUGUGGCCGAUGGUGAGGAAACAAAUGGUGGCCAAGAUGUAGAAAUGAAACCAGUUGUACAACCUCCCCCGGUGGUACCGAAAAAACCUUUAUCUCCCCAGGAUGAAUUUUAUAAGAAACCCUUUGAUUUUGGCUGGAAAAGAGAAUUGGUGUGGCGUGCCAAUAUAGAAGCCAGUAAGGAUAAAGCCGAUGUAUAUUUCAUUAGUCCAGCUGGCAAGAAGUUAAGGGCUCGAAAUGAAAUUAUCCCGCUAUUGGAGGGCGAUCUUACCAUAGAUCAUUUUAGUUUUGCCAAGGAGCCAUUGGGUGCGGGUCCCGAAUUUGAAAUUGUGCGUAGCGCCAAACCCUCAUCGCGAUCAUCAGUGGCCACAGCUACAUUGGCAGCGGCUCCCUCACCACCCAUUGUAGGCAAACGUGUGUCGAAACCCAAGGGUCCCAAGGGAGCCAGUCCACCACCGCAAGGCUGGACACCCAGCAAGGCUUUGAAAGUUAAUAAUGCUGCUCUGCUAAGUAGUUCUGGUAAUCCAGGAAGGCAUUCGUCGUCGGCUUCAUCACAUCAUCAUCAUGUACAACAAAAUAUGACAUCUACACCGGUUAGCAGGAAACAUGAUAAUGCCUCGGCGGCAACGGGCGGUCAUAAUGCCAGCAGUCAUCAUUCCUCGAAGAAUAGUAAACUGAAAAAAUCCUCGUCAUCAACAUCUUUAGUUGGCAAACCAAACAACGAGGGUGGCAAAAAUUCGACCUCUAAGGAAACCUGCAACAUUGGUUGUGCCAAGGCCACCGGCCAAUUGCCGCAAUUGCAGUGUACAAAAUGUUUUUGCCUUUAUCAUCAUGAAUGUGUGGCCAUUGAUCGUCAGAACAGUGACUAUAGGACCACAUCUAGCACCAAUGGUCGGGAAUAUAUUUGUGAGGCUUGCAGCCCGAAAACUGUAACCACAACAAAAUCAAGUAAUCACAACAAUACGACUGGGGCAACGCCGCUGACAUCGGGAACUGCCGCCUCAGGGUCACCGGCCUCAAAUAAACCGCCAAAACCCGGGCCAGUGAAUGCCAAAAUGCGCCAGGAAAACAAAUAUCCCCAGACAAUAGCGGUGGUCAAGGGCAAGAAAUAUGUUAUGGUUGCCAAGCCAUUGACACUGCCACCCAACGAGCAAGUCAACAAUGAUAUUGAAAAUGAUUUGAAACAGAUAAACGAAAGCAUCAGGAAAAAUCGCAAACAAUCAAACAAUUCCCUUGAUGGUUAUAAUUCUCAUAAUUCUCAAGUAGCUGCUGCACCGGUGGAUCAUUCGAGUAAAAUCUUUGCCACCAAUUUCUUUGCCAAUGUUUCAUAUGCCUAUGAUUCGUUGCUGUGUAUUAUGAAAUAUUUGAAAAUACAUGAACGACCUCGUGCCGCAGCUGUUUGUAAAUUAUGGAAUCUAGCGGCCAAGGACACCUCCUUGUGGAAAACUGUACGCAUGAAAAAUUCCAAGGUAUGCAGCUGGUCAGGUUUUGCCGCCGCAUUGCGCCGUGGUGAAACCAAACAUUUGGAUUUACGUAAAAUGUUACAACCCAGUGGCCGUAGUGAAGAUCUGUGGAAUGAUUUCUGUGAAAAUAUUGGCACUGUCUGCUCCCUGGAAAGUAUAUAUCUUUGCCGUUGUUCCGCACGCGUCGUCGAAAGUCUUUUCCAAUCUAAUCGUAAUUUACGUAUUAUCAAUGCCUUGGCCAUUAAUGAUGAUACCAUAAAUUUGGAAAAUAUCUCACGUCUCAAUUCGUUGGAAGAAUUACGUUUAAGGACCUGUGAAUCGGGUGUAUUGGCUGGUGAUCUGGCUCCCCUGGCCACACUCAGCAAAUUGACCCAUCUCUCGCUGACCUCCAUAAAGGGUUUGGGUGAGAAGAGUGUUGAAAUUUUGGGAGAAUUGAAAACGCUGCGUUCCCUGGAACUGGGAGAAUGUGGUGAUUUUGAUUCCACCUUUGCUGAGGCCGUUCUACCCAAACUCAUUAAUUUACAGAGGUUGCGUUUGGAAAACGGCUCGGUGACAAAUGUCUGCACAUUGGAAAUUCUUGAUUCAGUGGCCCGCCUGGUGCAACUGCAACAAUUGGAAUUGGUAAAUUUCGACAUCAAACCCGGCUUCGAUGAAAAGUUGAGCCUGUGUACAAACAUUACCAAAUUGUUGAUCAUUCCCACCUAUAUUUCCCAAUCGGCGACCACAAAUCAAAUUGUGUUAAGUGCCGUCCAGCAAGUGGCCGAUACACUGCGGGUGUUCACCUGGUGUGUCACCGUAGAGCUAUUGCGUGUCACCGCCCUCUAUGUGGAUCAAUGUGAAGAGUCCACCAAAAAGGAAAAACACCACUUCGAUGAGUGUAUACCAGUUCUGAAACCUGUGCCGGGUGCACCGCCCAAUGAUGAAGAUGAAGAGGAACUGAAGGCCCACAAUGCCGACACGUCGGGAGAGGAAAACAAUGGAGAUGUGCCACAAAUUGAAAUUUUACCCUUGGACAAGGUGGAGACCAUUUUGGCAGAGAAUUUGCCCAAUACGAAAUUUACAAUUGUUAAGGUGCCCUAUCAUGUGACAUGUAAACAACAAUUGGUGGACUAA